GAGUUUUAGAGUCCCCAAGAAGUCGAAGAACCGAAGAGUCGAGGAUAAGACGUUCGAUAAGAAGGAUAAGAAUUAGAGUAUAAGAAAAGGAUUGGAACGACAAAAUUUAUUCGCAUCCGAGCUGAUAAAGUUUUCCGCAAUUUAACGGGGGAAGGAAAAGGAUAAAAUAAACAUAAAUACUUGGCGAGAAAAUACUGUAAAAAGAACCAUGAAUUUUCGCACGUUCGUUAUGGCAUUGAUCUGCGCAUCGGUAAUGGGAGAUGAUUUUUUGAGUAAAAAUGGCAACGGUUCUAAAGAUGAAACUCAACAGCGGGAUAACGAACCUCCGGAGGGUUACUAUGCAUUCGUAGAAUCGCCUAAUGCUGAACCACCGAAAGUGAGACCUCCACCCUACGCUGAGAGCGACAAAGAAUGCCACGACACAGGAAAACAAAGCAAGGGAUUCGUAUCGAUCCAUAACAUCUGCGGGGAUCUUAACAAGGGAUAUAUUCCUAGGAACCCUAUGCGCCAGAACGUUCUUGGAUAUUCGUACCCUUUUGAACUUCUGCGUAAUCACACUUUGAAGUUCCUCAGUAAAGCUCUGCCCAUUUUGAAGGCUGAUGACUCGUUACCAAAGGUCGCCAGAGUGGAACCUUUUUCGCAAAAUUCAGUGGACACGGAUGAGAAACGUAGCAGGAGCAAGAGAUCAUCGAGUUCAGAUUCAGAUUCCACGUCGGCGGUUAACGAGAAUGGGACAAGGAGUGGGCGAAAAUUUUGCGAAAACGGAGGAGGAGUGGUCUGUAUGCUCUACAAGGCCAUACAAGGUGAGCCUCUCGCUUCAACGGCUGCAGAGCGCAGAGACGAUCCUCCGAUUCCCGAAUAUCGUCAAAGAACACCCCCUCAAGAACCGCAGACCGAGUAUUCUGGACCGCCGACUCCAUGCCCGGCCAAAGUGGAGUACGCCACUCCGGUGUUUGCAAAAAAUUAUCAAGGAGUGUGGCGUUACGUAGUACAAAUACCAUACGAAGGAUAUUUUACCCAGACGAUCGAGGUCACCAGGUGUAUGCAGUCUCGUUGCCACUACUUAGACGGUGGUUGUCUGUCGUCUCCACGAUGGACCAGCUUGUUGGUAGCAGAAAUUUUCUAUCCGGAUACAUUUUUAGAGGAAAAUCAGAAUACUAGAUUACCUGGACCCAGGGAGCCGGUUUCUGGCUCUCCACCACCCGUUCAUGACUUCCAAAACUAUCAGCAAUACCUGCAAAAACGUGCCGGAGAAAGCGAGGGCAGAAGUAGCGGAAAGUCUCAAUUUUCCCAGCAGCAACAGCAGCAACAGCAUUGCGAUGGGGUCGAUGAGAUGGGCUGUUUCCAGGUGCGAUUGUACUACGACUGGUUCUUGGUACCUGGAAGUUGUAAGUGCUGGCGACCAGAUUAUUUCAAUCGUUACGUCCGCAGGAGCAAUUUGAGUCCGGAUUUGUGAAGUGGGAAUUAUUCCUCGUUGAUCCGAGUCAAUUGUUUGAUCAAAAGCUGUUUUCGCAAACUUUAUUCAAGUUCGAAACGAGCAAGUUUUGUUUAUUCUAUUAGUUCGGAAUUUGAAGAAGAUAAAACUUGCCUACGUAUUACAAGAAUAGAAUUGGCGAACACAGCCCGGAAAGGAUGUGAGCACCUCGAGUCGCGAACAGCGCAACUGAGCGGCGUAUUUACCUGCUGAGAUGCAAACGACUGACACGAUUAAGCCAAAAGAAAAAUUUGAAAAAGUGUCCUACAAACGUUACUAUAUGUUAUAUAUACUAUUGCUAACCCAGUCUGCACAUACUUAUUAACCGCUAGAUAUCUAUGUUGAUAAUAAUAGAAUUACCGUAGGCCAUAAGUAAUGGAGUAUAGUGGAUACCGAGUGUCGAUACUUUUCGGUGAAUUAAUUAGUUUGCUUACCUUGUUAAAUUCAGUAUUUUCCGAACACUCAAAAAUCUAUCCUGAGCACAUUGGAUUAAAUGUUGAACGUGCUCAUCGGAUACAUUUUUGUUUUAUUUACAAUUUAAUAUCUUGUUAGAAACAUAACGUACUUUAUUUUAUAUCAUUUAGUAAGAUUGAAAUCUGUGAAGACUUAUGAUAGCCUGACGGCUACUGUGCGAAUUAUAUUGUUGAAUAAAUUUAACUGUAAAUGCAAAAA